CCCAAGUGCUGAAGGGAUGGUGGAGAUCACUAAAACUAUAUUGUAUAGAGUCAAUCACAAGAGAUAAUCAAUCAUGUGUGUUGUUGUUUGUGCUCUCUUCUUCGGAUUUGGCACCAGUGGUGUGUUUAAGUUUUAUCACGUCAUCUCAACCGAAAUACCUGUUUUAGGUUUGCUCUGCGUGCUGUCCACGACCGCAACCGUUAAUUUUCCAUGAACGUGAAAUUGCGCAAUGUCAUCAUCAAUACAAGUAUUUGGACCAUUCGGAAAGGAAAAGUAAACAUUUCCAUGCGAACUGCGGAACAGAAUGGAACAGGCUGACAAUAUAUUUUGGAGUGCGCAGUAAGGAUAGCUACCCUCUUGCAUAGAUUAUGCUGUACCUGGAAAACAUAUUUGGAUUAACAGAUGAACAGUAGGCUAUUAACUAACCCGCGCUCGCUCCACAGGACCGCUAUACGCAUUUGCCUUUUAAAACAACGGAAGCAUUGUCUCGACAAGCAGUGGGAUUUAUAAACCGAAGAUGGGUAUUUGUGGAUACUUUACCGUGUCUUGGAAGUGCCUGGUGGUUCUGUCUUUCAGACUGCUGUUUCUUGUCCCCGCAGGUUUGCCUGUCCACAGUCAAGGGGAAUCCCAAACCGAUAGUAAAGUGAUGGACAAUAUUACCGUCAGGCAAGGCGAAAACGUCUUUCUCAGGUGCGCACAAGGGGACAUUGUCACACACACGGCCUGGCUCAACCGGUCGAGUAUACUGUACGCCGGCGAGGAUAAGUGGUCUGUGGAUCCCAGGGUGAGCCUGGUUACACUCAAUCAGGAGGAGUUCACCAUCAAGAUUGAGGAUGUGGACAUGACAGAUGAAGGCCCAUACAUCUGCGCGGUGCAGACGAGCAGCAGACCGAGGACGACGUCAGUGCACAUCCUCGUCCAAGUGCCCCCCACAAUCAUCAACUUGUCGAAGGACCUCGUGGUCAACGAAGGCUCGAACGUCACUCUGAUGUGCCAAGCCAGUGGCAAACCAGAACCCUCGCUCACCUGGAAACUUCUCUCUCCCUCAGUUGACUUGGUAUCGGAGGACGAAUACCUGGACAUCCCCAGUAUCUCCAGACAGAGAGCGGGGACAUACGAAUGCACCGCCAUCAACGACAUCGCCACAGACGUCCAGACCGUUGAGAUCACAGUCAACUAUGCCCCCAGUGUGUCAGAGGGCAGAGACGUUGGCGUGACCCUUGGCCAGAGAGGGGUGCUGGAGUGUGAAGUGGAUGCGGUGCCCAAGGCGGACUUUGAGUGGUAUCGAGACGACAGAAGGAUCUUCAACGGUUUAGAUGGCAUGGAGAUCGAGGACGCCGGGCAGCUCUCCAAGCUGACCUUCUUAAACAUCUCAGAGGCAGACUACGGCAACUACACGUGCAUCGCCAUCAACAAACUCGGCAGCUCCAACGCAAGCUUUGUCUUGUAUGAGGUUAUUGAGCCUACUAGCUCAACACUAGUGCAAGAGGGGUCAACCAAUGUGUUAUUGUUGAGUUCAUCUGUGUUAGAAAAGACACCCUCUGAAACCUUUGCAUUACCGGCAGGACCCGGAGCAGUGCAGGAUGGGAACAGCGGCUCGAUGGGGACACACGUACACACCUACACCUGUCUACUUCUGGUCAUCCUCCUUCCGUUUCUGCUCAAGUUUUGAUGCAGUGGGCUUUCUGGCAUCCGAGGGCAAGGUUGCAUGUUUUGUGUGUUUUCUUUCACCUGGAACCACAAACUUGAUGCACAGAGUGCAUGGGCUACCCUACUACAUCAUGUCGAACCGCUAAAAAGUAUUAUGUAACAUAUACUUUUUAAAAUUCAUUUUAGUUGAGUUUUAAGGACAUAACAAGUUGCUUUUUUUUGUUUAGUUUCGCCUCCCAUUAUGAUAUGAUUCUUAAAUGUUUAUUCACGUGGGUCUCAAAAAUAGGCCUGUCCGAUGUGGUUUGUCUGUUAUUUACAUUUAAUUUAUCUCAAUUUCCCCCGACUGACAGUCAUCUUAGCCCCGAGAGUCUUAGCCCUAAGAGUUAAGUGUAUGAGGUGAACUAAACAAACACCUCAAACACAGGCAAGGACCAGAAGGACUGAAAUCCCUCUAGGGCCUAAAAGCCUGUAAUCAUGUUUGUUUCUGCUGUAAUUAUUUUGGAUUCUGAUACAUUGACAAACCACAACCGGUUAAGAAGAAAUGGAAUUUUGACAAAUGUUCUUCUUCCUCUCAUCAUUGUAAAUUGUGAUAUUUUCAGUUGUUUGUGCUAUGCUAUUUUUUGUUUGUUUUUAACACAUAUUGAAAAGGGGUAAAUAAAACAUAAAAGUUGUAUACAUUUGUGCAAAGA